GUAACAGUCUCCCUCACUCUCUCCUCAUAGUGUCGACAUCAUGGUUUGCCAAGAACAAGAGGCAUUAGUCAACAAAGUGCUUGACCUGUACCACAAGAUUUCAAGCUUAGACACCCUCAAACCCUCCCAAGAUGUCGACACCCUCUUCACCCAACUCGUUCGCACAUGCAUCCCUCAUACCCCAUUCAUCGACAUCACUAAACUUUCCACAACCGUCCAAGAAGCUAGAUCCAACCUAAUUCGUCUUUGCGCCGAAGCCGAAUCGCUCUUGGAGAUGCAUUAUUCGGCGCUUUUGGUGUCGUCAUCCUCCGGUGAGAACCCACUUGGACGUCUUCACGUCUUUCCCUACUACUCUAACUACCUCAAACUUAGUUCUCUCGAAUUCAACAUUCUUAGCCAGCACUGCCAGGCUGUUCCCACCAAGAUUGCCUUCGUGGGGUCCGGCCCUCUUCCCUUAACCUCCAUUGUCUUGGCUACCAACCACUUUCCCAACACCACAUUCCAUAAUUAUGACAUCGACGCUUUGGCCAAUUCUAUGGCCAAGGCGUUGGUGUCUUCGGAUCAUGACCUGUCAAAGCGCAUGGUCUUUCACACUAGCGACAUAUUAGAUGUGUCCCAUGGUUUGAACGAGUUCAAUGUUGUCUUUCUUGCCGCGCUCGUGGGAAUGAAAAAUGAGGAGAAGAAAAAAGUGAUUGAUCAUUUGGGUAAGUAUAUGGCACCUGGAGCAUUUCUUAUGGUAAGAAGUGCCUAUAGUGCCAGAGCAUUUCUAUAUCCGGUAGUCAAUCCUUCUUUUGAUCUCAAAGGAUUUGAAGUUUUGUCCGUGUUUCACCCCACUGAUGAGGUUAUCAAUUCAGUUGUGAUUGCGCGAAAGUGUCCGAUUAUUUCAACAUCGUCGAAAGAGGUUCAAUCGCUCUUCAAUAACAAUAACCUUCUCAUCAAUGGGAACAUGAUUGAGGAAUUGGUAACUGAGGAGCAGCUUUAAUUAAUUUCCUAAAUUCUCUCCCUCUUUAUUGGGAAAAUAUUUAGUUUUAAAUUACGGUUGCAAUUAUUAUUGCAAUUGUAAGAAUUGCAGAAACUAAAAAAUAAAAAAAUGCAGCUAAUGCAAUUGCAAUCACUAUUACUAUGAUGAUGCGUUACGGUUGCUGCUGGAAUAAGCUAUGAUUUCCAGGACUACCGUAAUGAUAAUCAUUUUAUUAUUAAUAUAACAACAGUAUGGUAAUUAA